AUGUUUAAAUUAAGUGAUCCUUUUGAUUAUGAAAAUGAUUAUAGUUACUCUCAAAUAAAUCCAAUUUCAUUUUGGGAUGAAGUUGCAAAAAAAUUUGUUCACUGGGAUAAAAUAUAUGAUAAAGUUUAUAGUGGUGAUGAAAUAUAUCCAGAUUGGUUCCAAGGUGGUGAAUUAAAUACAUGUUAUAAUGUUUUAGAUAAACAAGUUAAAAAUCCAUUAAAAAGGGAUAAAGAUGCAUUAAUUUAUGAAUGUCUAUAUUUAAAGAAAACUGUAAAAUUAACAUACUAUCAAUUAUAUGAAAAAGUAUGUGAAUUUUCAAGAGUACUUUUAAAUAUAAAUAUUUCCAAAAAUGAUAACGUUUUAAUUUAUAUGGCAAAUACUCUAGAACCAUUAAUUGCAAUGUUAUCAUGUGCUCGUAUUGGCGCAACUUUUACAGUUUUAUUCGAAGGUUAUCCAGUUAAAAGUUUAAUCGAUAGAAUUGAAACAAUAACCCCAACAUUAAUAAUUACAUCAAAUUAUGGUAUAUUAAAUGAUGAAUUAAUAACAUUUACACCAAAUUUAAAAGAAGCAAUUCAACAAUCAGCUUUUAAACCAAAUCAUAUUAUCACUCAUUUUAGAAAUGAUUAUGAAGACAUUGAAUUUAAAAAUAUUAUAGGAACUAUGACAAUCAUACCAAAUACAUUAGAUUGGGAUAAAGAAAUUCAAAAAAUAAAAUAUAAUAAUCAAUCACCAUUUUACGAAUAUGUACCUGUAGAAUCAAGUCAUCCAUUAAGUAUUCAUUUUACAAGUGGUACAACUGGUAAUGCUAAAGCGGUUGUAAGAGGUAAUGGUAGUAAUUUAGUUGGAUUAGUUUAUAAUUGGUAUAGCAGUAUGUCUUCUAAAAAAUAUGAUGAUUCAGUUUACUUUUCACAUUCAAGUAUUGGUUGGAUUACAUUUCAUAUGGGUUUAAUUGGAUCAUUAGCACUUGGAAAUACAUUUGUAAUGUUUGAAGGUGGUAUUACAAAACCAAUUCAUUAUGAACAUUAUUUAUGGGCAACUAUUGAAAAACAUAAAAUCAACACAUUUUUAACAUUGGCAAAAACAAUAAGAUACCUUAUAAAGAAUGAUCCGGGAGCUACUAAUAUAAAUUCAAAAUAUGAUUCAUCAAGUUUACUUUCAAUUUGGAUAGCAGGUGAAGUUAUUGAACAAUCAAUUCCUGAAUAUAUUGAAAGUAAAUUAAAAUGUUGUUCCGGAAAUGUAUAUGGACAAACUGAAGGUGGUUGUAUAUCAUUAUUUAAUUGUAAAAGAAUAUAUAAUAAACAGUAUAAUACACUAAUUAAUCCAACUCCAUUUUUAAAACCAUCAAUAUUUUCAGAGGAUGGUAUUGAAUUACCGGAUAAUCAAGUCGGUGAAAUUGUAUUCAAGUUACCAAUGCCACCAAGUUUUGCCACAACAUUUUAUAAAAAUGAAUUACUUUAUAAAAAGAUUUUCAAUAAAUUUCCAGGUUAUUAUAAUAGUGGUGUUAUAACAUUUAAAAAAGAAAUUGACUAUUAUGGUAUUGUUUCAAGGGCAGAUGAUCAAAUUAAAAUUGGUGGCUUUAAAGUUGAUUUAAAUCAAAUUGAAACAUCAAUUUUAAAACAUCCAUUAGUUUUAGAAUGUUGUUCAAUUGCUAUAUAUCAUCAAGAUUUAAAAAAUGUUCCAAUUGGAUUAUUAGUUUUAAAACAACAACAACAACAACAACAACAACAACAACAACAACAACAACAACAACAACAACAACAACAACAACAACAACAACAACAACAACAACAACAACCAGAUAAUUCAUCAUCAUCAUUAUCAUUAUCAUUAAUUGAUUUAAAAAAUCAAAUCAAUAAAAUUAUUAAAAAUGAUAUGGAUUUUUAUUCAGAAUUAACAAAAAUUAUAAUUGUUCCUCAACUACCAAAGACAAAAAGUGGUAAAAUUCCAAGAUCGAUAGUUUCAAAGUUUUUAAAUGAACCAAAUUAUCAAUUACAUGAAUCAUGUGAUCAUGAAGUUUUUUACUUAAUAAAAGAGUUAUAUGUAGAAAAUAAUUAG